AUGUGUGGGAAUAUGGGAGAGAUGGUCACCAAGAAGUCUUGGGGUUCGACUCAGGAGGGAUAUAUGCCCCAUACCGGUGGUGGUCAACAUGUUCAACUACAAGAAGGGGUCAUCAGAAACAAGGGAUUCCACUAUCAAUGGCAUCGAUGUGAGCAGGUCCGCAUCUAUGCCAGCUUGGAAUCUCUCGUUGUCGACACCGAUCUUGCUCAUUUGAUCUAUGCGGAAUUUCUGGGAGAUAGAUCGAAAGUUGCCAGGAUAACCGUAGCUUCGCUUCGAACUGUGGCCAUGGACCACUCGAGCUGA